UCUAAUAGAAUUUGUAAAUUCUUUGAAGCUAAACACCUCCUUCCUGAAAUCGCCAGCAUUCUUCUCUCCGGUGGCGUAGUCGCUGUGCCAACAGACACUAUUUACGGCCUUGCAUGUUGCAGCCUAUCUACUCGUGGCAUAGACCGCAUAUACCAUAUCAAAGGUCGCGAGAGCACCAAACCUAUGGCGAUUUGCCUUGACAAGGCAAUCAGUCUGUCGCUGUGGAGCAACACUGAAGGCAUCGAACACAAGCUUCUUUCUUCUCUUCUACCUGGUCCAGUUACUGUCCUACUUCCGAGAAUGGCAGACGACCCUUUGAACCCUCUCCUUAACCCUUGUGUCAUGGACAUUGGUAUUAGGGUGCCAGAUAGUUCCUUUGUCUGUCGUCUCUCAGAAACCUUGGCAACGGUCCUCCGUACCAUGGGAGUGGCUAACGGGGAUCUUCAUAUUACGGAAUCUUGCUUUUCUGCGUCUGCUAUUCCCCUUGUUCUCACUUCGGCCAAUUACAGUGGUCAGAAGUCCACCCUCUCCCCUGACGAGUUUUCUGAACUAUGGCCUCAGCUGGAUCUCGUUGUGGAUGGUGGCCGAAUUGGCGGUGAUGGUAGUGACAAUGAGCUGCAAAGUUCGCGCGCUGGUUCCACAGUAGUCGAUCUUUCUCCUGCGGUUAGGUCACAUGGUCAGAGUUUGCACUACCGCAUUCUUCGAGAUGGCAGCGGAUUCUCUGAUGUUGUCUCCUUUUGA